GCGUCUCUGUGGACGACACCAAGCUAACGCGUUAAACACGGCACAGAGGAAUCCUUCGCGAAUCGCCUCGCUAAGUAGCUUAAAUUUCCUGUACUACAAAUCGAGGGAUAUUUCAUCCAAGUGGUCCCAACAUUUCAAGAGGAGAAGAGGGUCUUAUUUGGGAAUCAUAUGGACGAAGAAAUGAGUCGCCAGACUGCCACCGCGCUGCCCACAGGAACCUCCAAAUGUCCCCCCUCUCAGCGCGUGCCCACUCUGUCAGGCACCACUGCUUCCAACAGUGACCUAGCCAGCCUGUUUGAGUGCCCGGUCUGCUUUGACUAUGUCCUACCCCCUAUCCUGCAGUGCCAGUCCGGACACCUGGUAUGUUCCAACUGUCGGCCCAAGCUCACCUGCUGCCCCACCUGCAGAGGUCCUCUGGGCUCCAUCAGGAACCUUGCCAUGGAGAAGGUGGCCAACUCUGUCCUCUUCCCCUGCAAGUAUGCCUCCUCUGGCUGUGAGGUUACGCUGCCACACACUGACAAGGCGGACCAUGAGGAGCUGUGCGAGUUCCGGCCGUACUCCUGCCCCUGCCCUGGAGCGUCCUGCAAGUGGCAGGGCUCUCUGGAUGCUGUGAUGUCCCACCUGAUGCAUCAGCAUAAGUCCAUUACCACACUGCAGGGAGAGGACAUUGUCUUUCUGGCAACAGAUAUCAACCUGCCAGGUGCAGUGGACUGGGUGAUGAUGCAGUCCUGUUUUGGCUUCCACUUCAUGUUGGUGCUUGAGAAGCAGGAGAAGUAUGAUGGCCACCAACAGUUUUUCGCCAUUGUGCAGCUCAUUGGCACCCGUAAGCAGGCCGAGAACUUCGCCUACCGACUGGAGCUCAAUGGUCACCGGCGCCGGCUUACAUGGGAGGCCACGCCGCGCUCCAUCCACGAGGGCAUUGCCACGGCGAUCAUGAACAGUGACUGCCUGGUGUUUGACACGUCUAUUGCUCAGCUGUUUGCGGAGAAUGGCAACCUGGGCAUCAAUGUCACCAUCUCCAUGUGCUAAGAACUCAGGGACAGGUUGCAAGUCAUAGAUUACCAAGGGGGAUUUUCAGGGGUCAAAUCAAAGCGUGACCCCUUACCCUGACCCCCUUCUUCUAUACCCCACAACCCCCAGAACAGACUGAUGCGAGGUCAAACUGGACUGUCUGAUUGGACAGCCAUGGGGGCAGAUGGGGUUAGUUGGAUGUAUGGAUGGGUGGAUGGAUGGAUGAAUGAAUGAAUGGAUGGACAGACGUGAAGAUGUAAUUGUGCAGUGACAGCUAUAGACUUGUACACACAUAAAUGAGAGAUUUUCAUGCACGAACGUGAAGUCUCUCGCUCUUCAUCACAAACACAAAAUUUAAAAGCUGUUGGGUCAAACUCACUUGUCAACUCUGUUACUCACUCUUGGUCACCGUCUCUUUUUGGUGUCUGAGUGCUUUAACCACUCUCACCCCCCCCCCCCACACACACACACACACACACACACGCACACAUACACUCCUGCCAUUUCCCACUCAUGCAUCUUUGUUUUGGUCUCAUUUAUGUUUCUUUAGUUUCUCUCUCUCUUAAUCACUGUCCUCCUCCGUUAACCACACUUGUACUGACAUUUCAGAAACUUCAGCUUUCCAGCCUUUAGCAAGUGAUGUUGGAAGCUAGUUACCAAUGAGCAACCCUGCACCCGGAUAGCUGCCUACUGAGGAUGGCUCAAUUUAUCAUUCAACAUGGACUUUUGGUCAGUGCUAGUUAGCUUCCCAUCCCCGGCCACCCCAAGCCCCCACCCCUCACUGGAACAGACCUCAUUACUUUAUAGACCUCAUGCAUUUGGACGGUUCAUGUGGUAGCAACACUUAGAAUUAACAACCAGGACUACGUGUAUGACUCAAAUCUAGGACCGUAGAGACUAAUAUAUUUGUGGAACUUUGCCCAUGGGAAUCCCACUACAUCUGUUAAAGUUGGACCAUCACUCUACUGACAACUGUGGAACAUGGGCUAUAUCUUUCUGUUGAAGUUGUACCAUGGGUGUCCUUCUCUGUCUGUUGUUAGCAAGGACUAGAACCACAGAUAUCCUUAACUAUAGAUAAUGUAUUACUUUGUCUCAAAUUCACAACUGUGGAUAUUAAUAUAGCUGACAUAGAUGUUGGUGACUGAGAUGUGAACCCAUAGCCACAGGUUCCAGUGACUUGAGUCUAGAACUACACAAAUAUGGAUGGUUGUAGCCUAGGCAUCCAACUAAGUCUAGAGCUAGAACCCAGGAUCUGUAGCAAAGCAACUUGGACACAUGCGUAUCUGUCUACAUCUGUGGCCUGGACUAAAACGUUAAACAUCAGUUUUGUCCGCACCGGCCCAUCUGGUUUCCGUUUACAGCCCCAUCCAGUCCAGUCUGGUCCAGAUCAUCACAACCAAGGCAAAGGACUGAGCUGAAAACUCUCAGUUAACUAUUUUGAAUAGAAUUCUUACUAUAAAACGGCUGCUCUUAUGUGUGUAUAACAACCAUCAAUACAUCAUACCUGGUAUAACGUAGAAUUACUGCUUCUCAGGUGGAGCAGACACUUCAGCUGCAAUAUGUGCAUUAAAACACCUGUUCUGUAGACAGGUUGCAGCCUUCCCAAACACAUGACCUUUCUGUACACACCUGUGCUCCUAUGGUCCUUGGGAAAAGACGCAGACAAGACAGUGGUGAAAAAACAAGUGUCUAAAUGCAUUUUGGCCAACUAAGGGGUCAUGCUAUUUUUUUUCUAGGAAGAUGAAGUUGCUACAUUUGAAAUGAGUCUAAGAAAAAAACUUGAUUUGUUUCAAUAUUUUUUUUUUUAAUUUUAGUUCAGUGUUUUUUCUUUUACGAGAAGAGAAGGUUUCCUGGUGUUUGGUGUCUGUGUGUGCAUGCACAAGUGUGCCCGUGUAUUUGUGAUGGACACUUGGCAAGUGACAAGAGACACCAUUCAUUGUUUCUCUCUAAUCUGUCUUGUGCUCACUUUCUGCUCUUUUUUCCUCUCUUUCACUGUCUCUCUUUGUCACUGUAUUCUAAUUUAAGCCUCAACCACACAUUGUCUGAUUGCUAACCCAACCAGGACCGAGGGACAGUUUCUACCAUUGCAAUGUUGCUAUUGUUAUUAAAUGGAGAUUGUUAUUAUCAUAAUUAUUAGCAUUUUUGUAAUGACUUUAAAACAAACAUGAAAAAGGCUAUUGUAAAAUUUGUGGCUUAACUUCAGUGUUUGUAGUUAAAAACAAAUUGUCAUUUUCUGAAGGUUGUUGAGUUGGAUUUUUCUUUCUCCUUGUUGUUCAUCUGUCUUUAUGUACUUCUGUUUGUUUGGCAAAUCUUUUUGUUUUUAUGAGGAGGCGGGGAUGUCAAGCCAAUCAUCUCUCCCUUUCCCUUUUUAAAUGGAGGCUCAGUAAUGAUGCUGCUCCCCCUGAACUCCCUCAACUUUUAUUUUUGGUUUUUUUCUGUUUUAUUUUGUCAUUAAAUAAAUCUAUCUUUUUCAUACCCGGUGCCACUUCUCCUCUGCUUUGUUUUUAGGGAACAGCAUCUGACAAUUGCAGAAUUUUUG